AUGGCGCGAAAUGUCACGGUUUGGGUUUGCGAGGGUGGGCGUUUAGAUGUCGUAUGUGUAAAGAGAGCGAGAGGAGGAGAGAGAUACGACUUCCGGCGAGAGUUCGGAGCGCUCGACUUCGGAACGUCGAAUGGGAAGUCGGAGGGAGAAGAUACGAAGAGUGGGACAGCGGCCGUUAAGGCAAGGAUCAAGGAUCAAGGAUCAAGAAUGGAUGCUAUGUUCGAGAUGAGACGAGGAAGGACGAGGCACGAAGAAUUCGAAGAGGUGUUCACGAAGCACUGUCAAUGGGAGCACCCGCACCCGUACGGAGUCUCGGACGAUCUUCGACUGUACGAUCCAUCCUUCCCACCUGAAUCACUUCGCAAAAAAAAAACCAUUGACAAGCCCACACGACCCAUUCCCAUUCCCACUACCACAUUGAUACGACCGGAAUAUUCGGGAUGGGGUAUAUGUAGUACGGGAUAUUCGGUCUUCAAUAUGGCAAUAAGGUCACCUCGGAUUACCCAUCGACAUUAUAAUACACACUCGGUCCGAACGAACGUGAGGAUAGGAAACGAUGAAAAUCCAGUGGGGGCGCUAGGGGAGGCUAGGGGAUUCAGAGCAUCAGAGGACUACACCAAUCACGCGCAGUCCCCGAAGCCUCCCGACUCUCCCCCCAAAACCAAAAAAACGCAGGCCCGGGGUGCGAUAAGAUACGCAACCCAAAAAGGUCGAACAAAGACUGACGAGAAAUCCCAGGCUGAAGACUGCGAUAAGUCACUGUCAGAAGCCCAAAAGGGUCGAACAAAAAGGCCGCGUUCCGAUGCUGCAUGCACCCAUGGAUAUACCAUACCAUAA